AUGUCUGUUACGCUUAAAACAAACCUCGGCGAUUUGAAGGUAGAGCUCUUCUGCCAGCAAACGCCGCGAACCUGCAAGAAUUUUUUGGCUCUUUGCGCUUCGAACUCGUACGAUGGCUGUAUUGUAACGAGAAAUAUAAAGGGGUUCGCAGUGCAAAUGGGAGACCCUACAAACACUGGCAAAGGCGGCCAGUCCAUCUACGGUGGCUUCUUUGAAGACGAGUUUGUUGCCACUUUAAAACACGACCGCCGGGGCGUUUUGUCCAUGGCAAACCAGGGGGCUCCCAACACGAAUGGCUCUCAGUUCUUCAUUACUUAUUCUCGUCAGCCCCACUUAAACGGGGUAUAUACUGUCUUUGGCCGUUUGAUUGACGGGUUAGACACUUUAGACAAAAUAGAAAAGGUGCCCACGGGCAAAAAAAACAGGCCCUUAAGUGAGAUCAAAAUUCUCAGCACCCAAAUACACGCCAAUCCCAUUGCUGAACAAGAGCAACUGUGA